GUCUUGUCUUUGUGUCAUUUCGUUCGCAACAUCUGGCCCCCAAAGCGGGGAAAGAAGCAGAGGGCGAACGAAACCGAAAAGGUUUUGGGCCCCAACUCGAUUGAUCAAGAUUCAUAAUGGAUGACCGCUUUGUGCGAAAAUUUGAAGAGCUUUCUGCACAGUGGAGCUUUACCUUCCCUAACCGAUCUGCGUCCCCUCCAACAUGGGGGCAACUGAAGAAGCUUACACAGGAGGCUGAGAAAACUCUCACUAAUGCUGGUCAACCUUUUAAUUCUACUAAUCUGCUGUUGGCUAUGUUGGCUGUAAUUACCUGUCAGUCUUCCGGUGCUGGCGAUGAAGGCAACAACUAAAAAAGGAUAGACAACGCGUUCUUGCUGCCUUACAGCUUGCUACUACUUCUCAGAAAAAAGGGGGAGAUGUAGGAGCCCGACAGUGACCACGAGAAAGAAUGGUUAAGGAAGCAGAGCAUGCUUGCAAACAGGAUGUUCUGCCAAGAAGCCUGCACACAAUAUCCAAGGUUAACGA